UAAGUGGAAAGCCAAAGAUCCACACAAUCGCAGUGGAACUCUGCGCAAACCUGCACCGCUCCAAUAGUUUGUAGUGAUGCACGUGCGACGCGUCUUAAAAUGCAUUUACCUCGACAAAGGUGAACGAGACAAAUUCGGAGGAACCACAAUAUUUUUGCCAUUACAUCUCAUGUGACAACGGAAAAGUACAGUUCAUGACGGCAUAAAGAUGACAUUUGAGUCGCUUCUCGUGAAAGAGCUCCAGAAACAGCAGAGCAAGGCAGAGUUUUGCGACAUUGUGCUGCGGACUCAAGGUGUAUCUGUGCCGGUGCACAGCUGUGUGUUAUCUGCCUUUAGCCCUUGGCUCUGUGGAGCUCUGUCAGGCAUGCCGUCACUGACUGGGCAGAAGCGACUGAUUGAGGUCCAGGCCAUAGAAUCCUGCACACUGCUUAGUCUGGUAACUCUAAUGUACUCAGGUCAGUUAAACAAGGACAAACAGGAAGUCCUCUCAGCAGCCUGCAAACUCGGCAUUAACAUACCUCAGCAAGUCACUAUAGAGAACGAAGCAGAGAGAGCGGCAUCUGAACCGAAGUCAGUGGAGAGAGAGUGUCAGACCGAAGUUCUCCUCACAUCAUCUCUAACGGUCCCCUAUGAAUGUCCACAUACUGAGGAGACCGUCAAAACCGUUAACGUGACUGGCCUGUCAUCGUGGAGAUCAGACCAAGGGCUCGGCUCAUACGUCGGUGCCUCUGAUAUCACCCUGACAACACUUCAGAAUGUCCAGGGUAUUCCAGAGAAGUUGCCUUCUUUUCAACUCAUGAAUGUGGUCCCCGAAACCUCUGUGUAUCCCACAGACAAAGCUCUGCCUGUUAGGCGAACAAGAGGUCGUCCCCGCAAACGUUCCUUGGCCCUACCAAGCGCUGCCCACAGUGAGAUAUCAGCAUCUGUGCAGAAAGCUACAAACCCUUCAGCUUCAUUCCUGAUGCACACCGCUCCUCUCCCAGCAUCCAAUCCGACAGACCUCGCUCAGCCAAUGGACUGGCUUAUAGAUGAUGUCAUUGCACAGCUCCCUUUUAUGCCCCCCAUUACUUCAGGGAUUCAAAACAGUCAGGAUGGCACAAUGAGUACGGCAACAUUAGAUUCUCAUCCACAAACACAGACCACAGUAAAGCUUACUGAUCUUGAUGUAGCGCAACCACAGCCCGAAGGUGAGCUUACAGACAUACUUGAUAGUUUUCUGAGAACGUUUGAUCAACACAUUGGCGUGUGUGAUGGGAUUCCAGACGGGUCACAUAGCAGCGUAACGGAUGCAGAUCAACAAAUAGCCACAUCAAAUACACUUACAAGAAAUGACUCUUGUUACCCAUCCCGGACUUCUUUUACGAACACGACAACACCACAAGCCCCAACAUCGACUUUACCCAAGAACAGGCCACAAGUCUCGGUCUGCAGACCACGAAAACCACCAUUUAAAAAAUUAAAAGGAUACCAAAGUGUGAAGUCUGAAACUUGUAGGAUGACCAGAAGCCAGAGCAGGAAAAGGGAGCUGGAAAACCCUCAAGAUAUGCACUGGAGAGAUGAGCUUCCAGCCAAAAGGAGGAGACGAAAGAAACAAGAAACAAAGAAAGGUGAAAUUUCACCUCAAAAUGAGAAGAAAACGCAGCUGCAUAGUGAGACCAGUCGCAAGAUUGACUCAAAUUGCAAUGUUGCAAGCGCAUUGAGGAAAGUCAUGACCCUGCCUAGUGCACGCAGAGUGAAAUGUUGUGCCCAGUCGACAAAGAACAAACCGACGACUUUGGAUGGGUCACGGUCUUCAGACUUGUGUGGUCACGAAGAAUCUUGCCUUGUAAAAAAGCAGGCAUGUCACACCAAGAGAGACAGUCUGUCCAAGAUGGAUCAAAGUACGGCAUCAGCGAGCUCUCAAUCCGACCAAUCAGUCACGAACACAUUCACUGAGUCCCAUCCAGAGACGGCUCUUUCUGCUUUUGAAUUAAUGAAAAACCUCUUGGAGAACCAGAGAAAGAGAGAAGAAGAGCAAAAUAAACACGAUCACAGGAGGUGGACUGCAAAAAGAUGGAGAGAAAAGGGAAAAUUUAAGCUAAGACGAGGUACCAAGAGGACACGACCUUGCGACCAGACCACUUCACCUCAGAAUGCUUUGGUUAAAGGUGAAGAAGAGAGACUGAUCAAGAACAGCUACAACAAAUCAGUUGAUGCUGAUGCUGACCCCUGUCCUAUUUCUCUUUCUCCAAGUACUCUUUCAGAGUCCUCAGACAGUAGUCGUGCAAUGGUACAUAGCACAGAAAGUGUAACAUUAACAAACAUUACAGCCAUGCCUUGUGUCUCGUGUACAACAGACCCUGUCAUACCUCUCGAAGCCGGACACAUACAGUCCCCCGCAGACAUUUCGGAAGAAGAUGUGGAUGUCGUUGAGAUUUCAAGCUCUUUGUCUGAGACUACCGCUGUGUUUCCGAUCAUUGCUGACAUUGUGCCUAGCACAGAGGAGGAGGAUGAGGAAGAGGCAGAGAUUGAUGUGUUAGACUCUGAUUAGAUGUGUGCUACUUUUUCUUCUCUGUUUAAUAGUGUUUAUCUUUAGAGUUCUGACGAUUUUGACAAAUUUGAAAUGGAAAUUUCAAAUACUGUGGUUCACUAGUGUUUGUUUGUAUAUAAUUUGACCCAAGGGUGGGAUAAGUGGCAGAAUUUGCUGUUUGGAUUUUGGUGGAAUUUUCAUAAGUUUGAGUUCUGAAUGUUGACGUUUUUUAUUCAAAUCUGUGUCUGGUAAUUUAGAGGACUGCUAUUAGUCAAGCACAUUUUCUUGUGUCUUGAGUCAAUGUUUGUAACUAUGUUCAAAAAAUAAAAGACAUGGUCCGACCACUAACGUUCUUGUGUGUAAACUGCAUGUUCAAAAAUAAAAGUCCAGAACAGGUCAAGAAGUACUUUAGUUGUAGCUA